UUCCACAAAUCCAGAAACAUGCCUACCUCAAUGGCUUCAAGCGAGCGUUCUGGCUCAGUCAAGUCUCACCAUAGCCCCAAGACUUCUCUACAGAGCAAGGCCGACCCUAAUAUGGCCCUUCAUGAACAGGAACCUACCGCUGUCAACCUGCAACCCGGAACGCGUGACCUAUUUUCUCUUCGAAGCAUGCAGCACAAGGAUCGGGAGGGCAAGCUGAUCACUGAUCCCGACCAGUCCAACCCAACGCGCAACCGUCUCGAGCGACCUUUAGACACAAUCCGGUCAUUUGAUGCAGCGAUAGACGCCCAUCGCAAACAGCAACGCAUGUGA